AUGUCGCAGGUGAACAACCUGUACAGGAUGCGCAACUCUGGAGAGGCUCUGCCGUACAAGCGACUGGGGUACGAGUCUCUGCACGACUUCAUAAUGGAAACGCCAGGCCUCGAGCUUCACGGCGAGCGCAACAAGAUGGAGGUGCGCAUUGGCGACCCGAAGCUGUUCGAUGAUUUCUGUGACGAGAUUGCUGAGGGCAUACCCGUGCCUGAGUGCAGCAGGCCGCAGCCGAUGCCGGCCACCUUCUUGCACCGGGUGGUCUGCGUCUUCCAGCACGUGGGCGAGCAUGGGAUCGACGCCCAGGGCUUCCGGAACACGUGGAACUUGCUCUUCCCCAUGGAGAGGCUGCAGUGCAAGCAGCUCGGCUACCCAACACAACCUGAAGGGCCUUCUCUUGAACGUCCCCUUCGUGGAGAAGACGGGCACAAAGAACAACGCCAGGUUCUGCCUCAAGCCGGGCUUCGACGCGGGCAGCGUCUGGAGCGCCGGCGGGGCGCCUCCCUCCGACCGCCCCGCGUCCCCGUGGCGGGUGCGGGCCCCGGCCGCGGCGCCCUUCCCGUCGCCGCCGGGCAGCUGGGCGCCGGCCCCGCCGCUGCAGGUGCUGCCCGGCGCGGUGCAGCUUGGUGCCGAUCAGCCGCAUGGCGUCACUCACCGCCCCGCGUGCUGCCCGGCGCGAUGCAGCUUGGUGCCGAUCAUCCGCCUGGCGUCACUCAGGUAGCGGGGGCGUGGCCUGGCGAGGCGUCGCAGCAGCCCGCCGCGCACUGGCCGCCCGGCGGGCUCCGGAUGCCCGACGGGUUCCGCCGCGCCCCGCGGCCAGGCGACGAGGCGAGUUCCAGCGCCAACGCCGCCGACCGCAGCCAGCCGCCUAGUCGGCAAGUCUCCGAAGGCAGCGCCUGGGCCGAGCACCACAUGCGGCCCCAGGCGCUUCCGACGCCGGGCGGCGCAUUCUGCCGCACUCCGCCCAGAGGGCUCCAGCUGAACCUGCUGCAGCCGCCGCAGCACCCGGGCUGGGUGGAGGCAGCGGGCAGCGCUGCCGGCGCGCAGCCGCACCGGCGCCCGCCGCAGAUGCCCCCGCAGAGCGCCUCCCGUCCAGCCCACGGGGAGAGCCGCCAGACGCAGUACGAGGCGGUGAGCUUUGCGAGCGCGGGCAGCUUGAGCGAGGGCCGCCCGACGCAGUACGAGGCGGCGAGUUUCGCGAGCGCGGGCAGCUUGAGCGAGGGCCGCCCGACGCAGUACGAGGCGGCGGCAGCCGCGGAGACGCCGCGAGCGAGCCCGGGCGCGGCCGCGCCCGCGCCCCACCUCGCCGGCGUCCACGCCUCGCCGGCCCUGGACGCCCGGCGGGGCCUGCGCCCCCCCCCGCGGGGCCCGCGGCUCCCCGGGGGGCGCGCCGUGGCCCUGCCCCUCCAGGAGCCCAUGCAGGUCAGCUCGGCCGCCUCCAGCAUGUACAUCGGGGAGGACGAGCCGCCGCCGCCGCUCGGGGUCCCCGAGAGACCGCGGGCGCAGACGGGCACGCCGUCUCCGAUGGAGGGCAGCGCCCUGGACGAGACCGUCCUCUCCAUCCCGAGGCGCUCGGCGAAGCAGAGGGGGAACGCGAUGUUCAUCUCCACGCCCGGUGCCAUCAGCUGCCCGGAGCGCGACGCCUCGACCAGGCAGGGCAGGUUUGAUUUGGGCUUCGUCUACCAGGAGAGGCUCCGCACCGACAGGCCGUGCUUGAUAGCGGACCUGGCCUCGGGCCGCGUGCUCUUCACCAACGAGGCCUGCGACCGGCUCUUCGAGACGCUGGCUCCGCUCCCACAGAGGGAGCUGAACGACCUCAUCUUCGAGGAGGACCGCCACCAGUUCUCGUCCUCCGUGCUGUAUCUAACGAUCGGGAGCUUCUCUGUGAUGGAGCCCCAGGAGUUCCGCGUCGCGGCCGCGGCCCGCGCCAGGCGCGCCACGGUGACCGGGGAGAAGCUGCUGGACUCCAAGUGGUGGUUGGCCUUCGACCCCUGCGAG